ACCUUCACGAACCCUAAACAUGGCAUCACUUUGUCGGACCCUAGUUUCUGAUGGAGGGUAGGACAUUGUAAAAUGUAGCAGCGUUGGGUUGACCCUUCUUUCACGCUGAUUCCACGAAUACGCAUUUUCAUGCUUUUGAUAUAUUUAAUAAGGAGACGUCAAAGGAUUUUGUUUUCUCCCAAUGACUUUACCAUUCUCUGAGAGUGUUGACCCAUCAACUAUUGACAGUAAGAAGAAGAUUGGCACUCAUGAAUAGUAAUAGAAACUGCAUAAGACUGCAAUCUUUUCACAGGAGUAAUAUCUUGGAUUUCAAAAGCGGAGAAUUGGUCCUGAGCACGUCCGAAAAUUGGCUCAAAGAGUACUUGGAAAAGGCUAAAAAAGAAUUUGAUGAGCGUUUUAAAGCCAACCCCUCGUACAAUGAGUCCAUACGGAACUUUACUCUGAUCAGAACGUUGGGGUCCGGGUCGUUUGGACGAGUCAUGCUGGCCCAACACAACAGCGACUCGUCCGGCAAGUGCUUCGCCAUUAAAAUUCUUAACAAAGAGAAGGUUGUUCGGACUAAACAGGUUGAUCACACAAUCAAUGAGAAGCGACUGCUGGGCAGUGUCGGAAAUUUUCCGUUUAUCAUACGACUUGUGAUGGCAUUUAAAGACACGACGAAUCUCUACAUGGUGAUGGAAUUCUCCCCGGGAGGGGAGCUUUUCCGGUUGAUCAGGUUAUGUACCAUUUGACCAUAAGACACCUAUCAAGCUGUAUGAAAUGAUCGUAGAGUGUAACGUCAAUUAUCCCAGCCAUUUCAAGCCGCAGCUCUCAAACCUCUUGUCCAAGCUCAUUCAGAUAGACGUCACUAAACGAUAUGGCAAUCUCAAAGAGGGCGCCUUUGACAUAAUCAACCACCUCUGGUACAAGGAUGUUGACUUUCGGAAAAUAAUAACCAAGGCCUACCAAGCACCAUGGAUUCCACAUCUUAAAAAUGAAACCGAUACCUCAAAUUUUGAGCGCAGUAAAGAAGAAAGCAUUUCUAUUUUGAAGACUGAUAAAUACGUUGAAGAAUUCAUUGAUUUCUAAAAUCUUUCGGAUCACUCUACCAGGAAAUAACACCCAAAGUGAAACAGCAACUUGUAGCGUUUGUUUUAAAAAGAUGGAAUGUCGUAUCCACUGAAACAAACUAUAUAGAUGGGUUCUGAAUAAAAAUUAACAUUUAGUAAAGCUUUAUUGGCCAGUUGGGCUCAAGUUUUACUAAAAACAAUUGUCUCAAGCAGCUGGUUUGCUGGUCUCUACAAUGUAGCGUUUUCUAAGAACCAAUCAGACUAAACUAGACAGUAUUUAAUUCAAAUAUGUAAACUAUUGGUUGCAAGAAGUUAAAAUUAUUCUGUUUAGAUUAUACUUUUCAAAUAUUUUUGAAUGAAAAUAUAUUUGUGUUUAAAUGCGACAGGCUUAAGAAAUUAGAAGAGAGGCAGUAAUUAGUUGAUUAGACCCUGACUGGUCCAGUCCAUCAUAUUGCUCAUGUUUAGGUUCUCUAUAAUUCAUGUUUCAACAAGAAACAAAUGUUUGUGUUCAACAUCUUAUGCAGCUAUUUUUAACCCUUCAUUACACUGAUUAAAUCACUUUCAAUCAAUAACAGAAUUACCUGUAACAUUAGGAUAAUUUUUAUUUUUUUAAUAAAUCCUCAAAACAAUAAAAAAAAAUAAGUAUUGAAGGAAGAGAAGCUUUUAAUGAAUAUUUGAUUUAAAUGAUCCUCGUCAUGACCAUAAUAAUGCUUUGUUUGCUCUGGGUGUGAAAGCGGUUUGAAAUGUCUUGAAUGGCUGGAUGUCUGGCACACAACUAGAAGGUGAUCUGGGACUAAUUUAUAUGACAGGAAACCUGGAUGUACUUUCAACACGAUUAGUUGGUUUUUUUUUUUUUUACAUUUCUCAAGCCAAUGUUGUAGAUGUUUUUAUACAUUUAUUUUUCAUAAUAAUAAAGUCUUUUAUUUUGAUGCCUUCUGA